GCAAACGGUUUGUUUUCCUUUCUGCUGUUUGCUUUCUCUACCAAACCCGAAAAGAAAGAAAAACCAUUUCCCUCUCUUUCCUUUCUUUUUCCCUCCAUGGAAAACAAAGAUGGCUUUUUAGAAACAAGCAAAGCUGAAAGAUCAAUGUGGUUGAUGAAAUGCCCUGGCGUAGUUUCACGCUCUCUCAAAACCCCUCAACUCUCUUCUUCUUCUUCUCAAGCUGUUGCCAAAGUUAUUCUUUCAAUCGACCCUCUUGUUUCCAAUGACUCUUCUUCUACUCAGUUUAUGAUGGAAUUGGUUGGCACAGAAACUGGAGAUGUACCCAAGCGCUAUUCCAUGGACAUGACUAAAGACUUUGUUCCAAUGUCUGUGUUUUCCGAGACAUCCCAAGGAAAGCUUUCAGUUGAGGGAAAAAUAAAAAACAAGUUUGACAUGAGACCUCAUGAUGAAAACAUUGAGAACUAUGGGAAACUCUGCCGUGAACGGACAAACAAAUCUAUGAACAAAUCCAGACAGAUACAGGUUAUUGAUAAUGACAAUGGGACUCACAUGAGGCCUAUGCCAGGGAUGAUUAUUGCUGCUGUAUUCAAUGAAAAGAAGAAGGCUCCCACCAAGACAUCAGAUACUAAAAGAACAAGAAGGGAUCGUGGAGAGAUGGAAGAUAUUAUGUUUAAGCUCUUUGAAAGGCAACCGAAUUGGACUUUAAGACAACUGAUUCAAGAGACAGACCAGCCUGAACAAUUUCUGAAAGAUAUACUUAAAGAUCUGUGUAUGUACAACAACAAAGGAGCUAAUCAAGGAUCAUAUGAGCUGAAGCCUGAAUACAAGAAAGCGACCGACAAUACUAACAUUUGAGUAAGUUCACAAUGCUGAUCAGCUACUUUAGAAAGAGUAUCAUCAGCUGAUAUUAAUUUGCUUUUUGCUUGUUCUUAAACUACUUCCUUGAUGCCUUUUUUUUUUCAAACAGAAGUCGGAAUUAUUAUCCAAUUCUUCAAUGAAAGUGAAGGAUCAAGAAAUAACCAAAGAUCAUUUGAUUCUCCUUUUUAUUAUAUGGUUUCCACAGAGCAAGUAAAUGAUGCCAUUUUUGUCAUUUCCCAACUUGGCUCAAGCAUCUUGGAGUUGCAUUUGCAGUUUGGAAUUUAUCUUUGUCAUGACAUCAUUGAUUUGUUCUUAGUUUUUUUUUUUUUUUUUUUUUUUAUGAUUUCAUUCAGGUAAAUAUGCCAAUUUUCUUUUAUUUCCAUGCUGAUCUUUUCACAUGAUUUGAGGAUAACUGAAGAAUGAAGUAGCAAAUUCAUUAUCAACUAUUAGGUUUAAUGAUGAAUAAACAAUUUCUUCACUUCAACAGCUGGUUUCUAAUUUUCUCAACCUCAUAUAAAAAAAGAUGUUAAUGUUAUUUAUUAUAUAGCUACGUUUUAUUAGUGUUGCAUUAAGAGCUUUGAAAAUUAGAGAGCUUUUGUCUAGUCUUCUUUAUUUUCCUUCCAAGAAAACUUUCUGCUUUAUUAUUGUCAACUAGUGGUUGUUAGUUUGA